AUGUCGGGCCGUAAUAACCUAACAACCUGCUUUAUUGGCCGUGGCCCCGGAGGCAUCCUACAGCGUCAUUAUACCUGCCCUUUCCAGCAGCUCCAGAAGGUCAACAGUCUGUCUGGCUGGGCCCAACCAUGAGUGAGGGGCUGAGGAGGGGAACCUGGGACUAACUGAGUAGAGGGACCCAAUUAACGUCCAAAAGAGCCCCCUGCGACAGAGCUGAACCAAGGAGAAUCACAUACACAAGCACACUGUCUGGCUGCUGCUACUCAUCAUCUGGAGGAGGUGUUAUGGUGUGGGGGUGCUUUGCUGGUGACACUGUCUGUGAUGUAUUUAGAAUUCAAGGCACACUUAACCAGCAUGGCUACCACAGCAUUCUGCAGCGAUACGCCAUCCCAUCUGGUUUGGGCUUAGUGGGACUAUCAUUUGUUUUUCAACAGGACUAUUUUACCAAGAAGGAGAGUGAUGGAGUGCUGCAUCAGAUGACCUGGCCUCCACAAUCCCCCGACCUCAACCCAAUUGAGAUGGUUUGGGAUGAGUUGGACAGCAGAGUGAAGGAAAAGCAGCCAACAAGUGCUCAGUAUAUGUGGGAACUCCUUCAAGACUGUUGGAAAAGCAUUCCAGGUGAAGCUGGUUGUGAGAAUGCCAAGAGUGUGCAAAGCUGUCAUCAAGGCAAAGGGUGGCUAUUUGAAGAAUCUCAAAUAUAACAUAUAUUUUGAUUUGUUUAACACUGUUUUGGUUACUACAUGAUUCCAUAUGUGUUUUUUAAUAGUUUUGGUGUCUUCACUAUUAUUCUACAAUGUAAAAAAUUGUAAAAAUAAAGAUAAACCCUUGAAUGAGUAGGUGUGUCCAAACUUUUGACUGAUAGUGUAUAUAUUGCCUCCUAAUAUUGUAACAAUCUGUGUGUCUCUUCAUUGGCCUGGGCUAUAGUUUGUUUGAAUUCAAGGCCAGAUUGAUCUCAGUUUGUCAGUGUCAGUGUAGACACUCAUUUCGGUAAUUUGUGUGGUAUUAAAAAUGAUUCAGCUAAUGUCUUCUGUCAUGUAAAUGACGUAGAAUUGCAUGAAAUGUGUUUUUAAAAGGCUGAUUUCUUUCGGACCCUGCUAACAAAUGUUCCCCCAUGUGUGUAAAUCCUAAAAACGCCUCUGCUCAACUGUAGCCUAUGCCACAUGGCAAACGUUAUUAUGGCUUUAUUAUAAAAGGCUUUUUCAUCAACAGUAAAUUUACCACGCAUCAAAUUGCAUCUUAGUGCACAAUUUGUUCACGGAAAAUGAUGGUGUGCCGGGAAGGGGUUGUUCGAGGGGGCAGGGGGUAUGAGAGAAAGUGUCCCCGGCCCUGAUUACACCUUGUAUCCUUUAAGACCAAUGGUCCAAUGAGUUAAUUGAAACACUGCUAAUUUCAUUACAUAAUGGCCUUGUGUGUGUGCUUGGCUCCCAACAGCCUGCAGUGGCAUUGAUAAGAUCAUUAGGUAAAUGCUGAGCCACAGACCGCAAUUUGAAUAGCUGCCAUCAGACGAGCAUAAAUCUCUCAAUAAGUGAAUUAAAAAUAAGCAAAGUUGUCAGCACAGUGCAUGAACAGACUGUGGCAUGAGUUACAGAGCUAGCCUAAUGCCUUGGAGUUUGGUCUACUAAUCCUGAAGCUUGUUUGCCAUUGACUAGAAAUAUGAUUUUAAAAAUGUAUAUCAUUGAUCCCAUAUAUUAUGGAAACCGACCCAUUCCUAUUCAAAGACCACUAUAACAGUAUUGCAUGGGCACUAGUACAACUGUGUCUAUUUGUUUGAAUUAAUUUAGACUUAUUGUAAGCGACUUUAAACUCACAUUUGUAAGAUAGUCACCAAGAACAAAAUCCAUCCAGAGCUUCCCAAAGACUCCCAUUGUAAAAUGUUACCCACAUGCUAAAAGUUUUCCCCUAAGGGAUCUAGCUUCUCAGAGAGGAAGGUUUAUGUUAGUCCUCUCAGCUCAGCUCUGCCAGUUAUGCCAAUUUCUCUGUAUCGUGCUCAGCCUCUCACUCUGUCCCCACACUGAUAAGCUGAGCUAGAAAAUACGACAAAACACAUUCCUUACCUGAGGAUUUUUUCCAGACUCAUCCCCUGAGGCAGGAAGUAGAGCCAUGUUUAAUUCAUGCAGCCAAUAAAGAGCCAGGGGAGCGAUGAGUCAGCAAAUAUCUCAGUUUGCCGCCCAGCAGGUGCUUAAUUGCCCUGCUUAUCCUCCUAGACAUUGAUUGUAGCGUGCAGGAGUUAACCAACACCACUUACAGAACAACUGAAAAGAUGAGCAUGCACUGUAGGGGCAAACAUUUAUUCUACUGGCUCUGUCUAUAUUAUCUGUGAGACUUAAUUGGCUUUUGGGCUUUUUCGUUCAUUAAGAUACAGUUGAGUUGUGGUUUGAAGACGGAGCGUGUAUUACGGAUGCUAUGAUUUUUACGUACAACUCAAAUAUGGAACCAAUUAAACUAAAAGGAACCCUAAGUUACUUGGUUGCACAAAUAUCUUUAUCUGUAUCCGCUCUCAUGUUUUACCGUGGGUAGUGUGUUUUACUGUGGGUAGUAUGUUUUAGUAUAUAUUUUUUUACUGUGGGUAGUAUGGAUUACUGUGGGUAGUAGUAUGGUUUACUGUGGGUAGUAUGGUAGUAUGGUUUACUGGGGGUAGUAUGGUAGUGUUUUACUGUGGGUAGUUUAUUUUACUGUGGGUAGUAGGUUAAACAAAUCAAAAUAUAUUUUAUAUUUGAGAUUCUUCAAAUAGUCACCCUUUCCCUUGAUGACAGCUUUGCACACUCUUGGCAUUCUCUCAACCAGCUUCAUGAGAUAGUCACCUGGAAUGCAUUUCAAUUAACAGGUGUGCCUUCUUAAAAGUUAAUUUGUGAAAUGUAUUUCCUUCUUAAUGCGUUUGAGCCAAUCAGUUGUGUUGUGACAAGGUAGGGGGGGGGUAUACAGACGAAAGUCCUAUUUGGUAAAAGACCAAGUCCAUAUUAUGGCAAGAACAGCUCAAAUAAGCAAAGAGAAACGACAGUCCAUCAUUACUUUAAGACAUGAAGGUCAGUCAAUACGGAACAUUUCAAGAACUCUGAAAGUUUCUUCAAGUGCAGUUGCAAAAACCAUCAAGUGCUAUGAUGAAACUGGCUUUCAUGAGGACCACCACAGGAAUGGAAGUCCCAGAGUUACCUCUGCUGCAGAGGAUAAGUUCAUUGCAGCCCAAAUACAGUGGCUUGCGAAAGUAUUCACUCCCCUUGGCAUUUUUCCUAUUUUGUUGCCUUACAACCUGGAAUUAAAAUAUUUUUUUGGGGGGGGGGUUGUAUCAUUUGAUUUACACAACAUACCUACCACUUUGAAGAUGCAAAAUAUUUUUUCUUGUGAAACAAACAAGCAAUCUUUAAGUCAUACCACAUAUUCUCAAUUUGAUUGAGGUCUGGGCUUUGACUAGGCCAUUCCAAGACAUUUAAAUGUUUCCCCUUAAACCACUCGAGUGUUGCUUUAGCAGUAAGCUUAGGGUCAUUGUCCUGCUGGAAGGUGAACCUUUGUCCCAGUCUCAAAUCUCUGGAAGUCUGAAACAGGUUUCCCUCAAGAAUUUCCCUGUAUUUAGCGCCAUCCAUCAUUCCUUCAAUUCUGACCAGUUUCCCAGUCCCUGCCGAUGGAAAAACAUCCCCACAGCAUGAUGGUGUUCUCUGGGUGAUGAGAGGUGUUGGAUUUGCGCCAGACCUAGCGUUUUCCUUGAUGUCCAAAAAGCUCAAUUUUAGUCUCAUCUGACCAGAGUACCUUCUUCCAUAUGUUUGGGGAGUCUCCCAAAUGGCUUUUGGUGAACACCAAAUGUGUUUGCUUAUUUUUUUCUUAAAGCAAUGGCUUUUUUCUGGCCACUCUUCCGUAAAGCCCAGCUCUGUGGAGUGUACGGCUUAAAGUGGUCCUAUGGACAGAUACUCCAAUCUCUGCUGUGGAGCUUUGCAGCUCCUUCAGGGUUAUCUUUGGUCUCUUUGUUGCCUCUCUGAUUAAUGCCCUCCUUGCCUGGUCCGUGAGUUUUGGUGGGCGGCCCUCUCUUGGCAGGUUUGUUGUGGUGCCAUAUUCUUUCCAUUUUUUUAUAAUGGAUUUAAUGGUGCUCUGUUGGGAUGUUCAAAGUUUCAGAUAUUUUUUUAUAACCCAACUGUGAUCUGUACUUCUCCACAACUUUGUCCCUGACCUGUUUGGAGAGCUCCUUGGUCUUCAUGGUGCCGCUUGCUUGGUGGUGCCCCUUGCUUAGUGGUGUUGCAGACUCUGGGGCCUUUCAGAACAGGUGUGUAUGUGUAUAUAUAUAUAUAUAUAUAUAUAUACUGCGAUCAUGUGACAGAUCAUGUGACACUUAGAUUGCACACAGGUGGACUUUAUUUAACUAAUUAUGUAACUUCAGAAGGUAAUUGGUUGCACCAGAUUUUAUUUAGGGGCUUCAUAGCAAAGGGGGUGAAUACAUAUGCACGUACCACUUUAUCAUUAUUAAUUUUUUAGAAUUUUUUGAAACAAGUUAUUUUUUUCAUUUCACUUCAACAAUUUGGACUAUUUUGUGUAUGUCCAUUACAUGAAAUCCAAAUAAAAAUCCAUUUAAAUUACAGGUUGUAAUGCAACAAAAUAAGGGGGAUGAAUACUUUUGCAAGGCACUGUAAAUGCUUCACAGAGUUCAAGUAACAGACACAUCUCAACAUCAACUGUUCAGAGGGGACUGUGUGAAUCAGGCCUUCAUGGUCGAAUUGCUGCAAAGAAACCACUACUAAAGGACACCAAUAAGAAGAAGAGACCUGCUUGGGCAAAGAAACACGAGCAAUGGACAUUAGACCAGUGGAAAUUUGUCCUUUGGUCUGGAGUCCAAAUUGGAGAUAUUUGGUUCCAACCGCCGUGCCUUUGUGAGAUGCGGUGUGGUUGAACGGAUGAUCUCCGCAUGUGUAUUUCCCACCGUAAAGCAUGGAGGAGGAGGUGUUAUGGUGUGGGGGUGCUUUGCUGGUGACACUGUCUGUGAUUUAUUUAGAAUUCAAGGCACACUUAGCCAGCAUGGCUACCACAGCAUUCUGCAGCGAUACGCCAUCCCAUCUGGUUUGGGCUUAGUGGGACUAUCAUUUGUUUUUCAACAGGACAAUGACCCAACACACCUCCAGGCUGUGUAAGGGCUAUUUUACCAAGAAGGAGAGUGAUGGAGUGCUGCAUCAGAUGACCUGGCCUCCACAAUCCCCCGACCUCAACCCAAUUGAGAUUGUUUGGGAUGAGUCGGACCGAGGAGUGAAGGAAAAGCAGCCAACAAGUGCUCAGCAUAUGUGGGAACUCCUUCAAGACUGUUGGAAAAGCAUUCCAGGUGAAGCUGGUUGAGAGAAUGCAAAGCAGUCAUCAAGGGAAAGGCUGGCUAUUUGAAGAAUCUCAAAUAUAAAAUAUAUACUUUUUUGGUUACUACAUGAUUCCAUAUGUGUUAUUUUAUAGUUUGAUGUCUUCACUAUUAUUAUACAAUGUACAAAUAAAGAAAAACCCUUGAAUGAGUAGGUGUGUCCAAACUUUUGACUGGUAGUGUAUAUUUUACUGUGGGUAUUAUGGUAGUGUGUUUUACUGUGGGUAGUAUGGUAGUAUGCUUUACUGUGGGUAGUAUAUUUAACUGUUGGUAGAAUGGAAGUAAUUUUUUUACUGUAGGUAGUUUUUAUUUAAUAAUGUGGGUAGUAUGUUUUUAAUGUGGGUAGUAUGUUUUAACUGUGGGUAGAAUGGUAGUGUGUUUUACUGUGGUAGUAUGUUAGUGUGUUUUACUGUGGUAGUAUGGUAGUGUGUUUUACUGUGGGUAGUAUGGUAGUGUGUUUUACUGGAGUAGUAUAUUUUACUGUGGGUAGGAUGGUAGUGUGUUUUACUGUGGGUAGUAUGGUAGUAUGUUUUACUGUGGGUAGUAUGUUUUACAGUGGGUAGUAUGGUUUACUGUGGGUAGUAUGGCAGUAUGUUUUACUGGGGGUAGCAUGGCUUUCUUGGCUUCUUUCACUUCAAGGAUAUAAAUUGUUCUCUUGAACUGUGUUAUUGCUGUUCACCUUUAACAGUCAUGAUGUUGGUCUUCUUCUCCCACUCCUAUUAUCCGUGACUAAGUGACCAGUAAGAUUACAACCUCCCUGUUUCUGCAGCUGUGCUCUGCCAUUUGCCAGAGGCCCUUUAAAGCAUGGUGUUGGCGCAGCGUCCCCACCUGCCAGACCAUCAAAAAGCCGUCCAAGCAGGAGAGCUACCAGCUGGGAGAUACUAGAGAGCCCAGUCAUGCCAACCCCGUAGAGCCAGAGCCCAUGGCAUCCGAAAGGGUGUACCCACAACACCAAUCUGGUUUUGGAACACAUGCCUCCCCCAGCCCUCCUCCCUCAGUGUGGCACAUGAUGCCUGCGUUGAAACAUUGUAUGUGUGUGACUGACUGACCGUGUCUCUUCCUCUUCUCCCUCAGAUCCCAUCUGAUGCCGAGGCUGAAGGAAUCGCGGUCUCACGAGUCGUUGCUCAGCCCCAGCAGUGCAGUAGAAGCUUUAGAUCUCAGCAUGGAGGAUGAGGUGUUGAUCAAACCGGUGCACAGCAGCAUCCUGGGCCAGGACUACUGCUUCGAGGUGAGCCCACCCCACACCACCACCACUGCCUCUCAUGACUGUCGCAGCUCAAGGCUCGCUGACUCUUUUUAAUAGUAUUUCUUAGGAUCCUAAACCUCUGUAUAUAAUGCAUUGUGUUUAAUCUACUCUUCAUUUCAUCGCCAUUACAUAUGUCUUAAAACCAGCAGGUCUCUGACUGUCUGUCAAGCAGCCAGUGCCUUUGGGUAGUGUGAGUGUGUGGCUGGGCAUUUGUUAGGGAGGAGGGUCUCUCUGCCCCUCCGCUUUCUGCCCGGCAGGGGCCUGUGUGUCUGCCUGACCCAUCUGUUGGCAUCUCCAUGCUCCUGCUCUCUGUGGAUCUGCUCGGAGAGGUGAGCGCCAAGGGGUCCCCAAUCACAAGGAUUUACUGCCUAUUAUGCUAAAGCACGCUGCCAGCUGGACAGACCAUGGCUCUGUGACCGAGAGGACGUCUGACGGGGUCAGCCAUAAAACGACAAGCGUUUCUCUCGUGAACAAGUGCAAGAGGAUUUCAAUGGCUGUCCAGGCUCAUUGUUUAGUCUGGUAUCAGUGUGCACUGUGCAGACCCUGCAGCUCAGCUGGAAUGUGUGUGUGUGUGUGUGAUACCCAACCCUGCUUUAGAUGAUACACACAGGCCAUCCUAUGGGUGUUUUUCAUGAUCCAUUACCUAAAGGGAAGGGCUUAAUCAUCUGCCAUACUUUCACAGGUAACCACUUCCACUGGAACCAAAUGCUUUUCGUGCCGGUCAUCUGCCGAGAGGGACAAAUGGAUGGAGAACUUAAGGAGAGCUGUACAUCCAAACAAGGUAAACCCUAUGCUAUAUAGCGUAUAGGGCCCUCUGUGGAAGAAAAUAAUAAUACAAUAGAAUACAUGUCAAAGUACCCAGGAAAAGUCUCACAUGAUGUUUUUCACAGGACAACAGUCGGCGUGUGGAGAACCUUCUAAAAUUGUGGAUUAUUGAGGCCAAGGACCUUCCAGCCAAGAAAAGGUAUUUCUGUGAGUUGUGUCUGGAUGACACGCUUUACGCACGGACUACCUGCAAACUGAAAACAGACAAUGUGUUCUGGGGAGAGCACUUUGAGUUCAACAACUUACCUGCCAUCAAAAGUGUCACCGUCCACCUGUACAAGGAGACGGACAAAAAGAAAAAGAAGGACAAGAACAGCUAUGUGGGCCUGGUCAACAUUCCCGCCGGCGCCGUCACGGGACGCCAGUUUGUGGAGAAGUGGUACUCUGUGAGCACGCCCAACCCGAACAAAGGGAAAACUCCCGGACCUAUGAUUCGGCUCAAGUCGCGGUACCAGAGCAUGAGUAUCCUGCCCAUGGAGUCAUAUAAGGAGUUUGCAGAGUACAUCACCAAUAACUACAUGCUACUGUGCUCCAUCCUGGAGCCUGGCCUCAGUGUGAAGAACAAGGAGGAGAUGGCCAGUGCCCUGGUGCACAUCCUACAGAGCACUGGCAAGGCUAAGGUAAGGCCCCCUACUCUCUACAGAGGCUGUCCUACACUCAAACGAUAGUGUGUUGUGUUCUCUGCAUUUCCAUUUUCAAAUGAUAGUCCAAAAUAGUCAUAUUGCCGAAUGUCAAAUAUAAACACAACCCAGAUCGAAUUGAUAGUAAAGGAGAGCUUCGCCAGCUCUCCUAUUGUAGUCAUUACAGCUGUGAGGGCUUUGAUUGGUCACAAUCAGUGAUACCAUUGUCUCGGAUAAUAAGUCAACAUCAUCUCAGCUGCAUAUUGCACACUUAAGCUGCAAAAGGUUAGGUUAGAUAGAAUAGGGGUCUGGGGUUUGAAAAGGAGUCCAGAUAAGGUUAUCUCGUCUCGGUCUAGGAUUGGGGAUUAAAAGUCCAGUUAGCCUCAUAUUUCUAGUCUUUGGGAGUCCUCCCACAUGCUUACUGUAAGCAGUCUCCUAGACCUAGAAGAAUGUGAAUGCUUCCUGUUUGGGUUGGGGAGGGUCGUGUUUAUUAGGAGUCAAACAGAAGAAAGUGAACUGAAACAGGGACGUACUACUGGGACAUGUCCAGUGAGAAAAGGCUCAUUUUCGUUUUCCGUUGCAAAACUCUUUGGAAUGUUUUCCGUUGUGUUCCCUAAUGAACACGACCCAGCUUGCUGUGGAAAGAGAAUGGGAACCACCUGUGCUUAGUGGGUGGUUGGGGUACUGUGAUGACAAGAAUAUAUUGUAUUAGCACUUUCUAAUGAGGACUAGCUGAAAGGGGACUUGUGUACACUAACUGACGGACAAAGCAAACUUCUGGUAAUACCUCCAACUUAGGACAAUGGGCUGUGGUCACUAUGUUUCAUUUGAAACAAAGGCCUAGAUCAUUUUAAUUCUGUCCCUUUUUUCCCCCACUUGCCAUACGUUAGGCUAUGUGGUAAACUGUCCUUCUCUAAUCUAGGUAAUCAAUAUAUGCCAUUGAGGGAUUGUUGUUUGGUGUUUUUGAACUAACAGUAACAUCGAACUGUAUGGAAUUGAGAAAUGUCGCCGAACUCCACACAAGAAAAACUCCCCUACUACAGAGAUCAAAUCAAAUCAAGCUUUAUUUAUACAGCACAUUUCAGACAUUGCAGCAAAUAAAACACAAUGAAAAUAAAAGCUGAAAUAUUUACUACACAAUAAACAUAAGUUAGAAAAACAACAGAAUGACACAAACUGAACAACUAAAAAGCACCCUUAUAGAAGCAAACCGGAUGGACAUCAUGAAAAUGAUCGGAGAGGUUGAGAGUAGAAGAAGUUCAGGAGAAAGAACAAACAAAAUGUAAUUACUGUAAAAUUGACUGUGUCCAUAAAAUGUAGAUAGUGGGUAUGGGCUGGAAGUAGAGGCCUAGGCGUUGUUGUUCACUAGUUUACUCCAAGUGGGGAAAGGGUGGCGGGGUUGGAAAGUAAUAAAGGGGAAUAUAUAUAUAUUUUUAAAGGAUAUGUAUGUAUGUAUGUAUGUAUGUAUGCGUGUAUGUGUACAUAUAUAUAAUAUAUAUAUAUAUAUAUAUAUAUAUAUAUAUAUAUAUAUAUAUAUAUAUAUAUAUAUAUAUAUAUAUACAGUGGGGAAAAAAGGUCAGAUGAAACCAAAAUAUAACUUUUUGGUAAAACCUCAACUCGUCGUGUUUGGAGGACGUAGAAUGCUGAGUUGCAUCCAAAGAACACCAUGGGGGUGGAAACAUCAUGCUUUGGGGCUGUUUUUCUGCAAAGGGACCAGGACGACUGAUCCGUGUAAAGGAAAGAAUGAAUGGGGCCAUGUAUCGUGAGAUUUUGAGUGAAAACCUCCUUCCAUCAGCAAGGGCAUUGAAGAUGAAACGUGGCUGGGUCUUUCAGCAUGACAAUGAUCUCAAACACACCACCCGGGCAACGAAGGAGUGGCUUCGUAAGAAGCAUUUCAAGGUCCUGGAGUGGCCUAGCCAGUCUCCAGAUCUCAACCCCAUAGAAAAUCUUUGGAGGGUGUUGAAAGUCCGUGUUGCCCAGCGACAGCCCCAAAACAUCACUGCUCUAGAGGAGAUUUGCAUGGAGGAAUGGGCCAAAAUACCAGCAACAGUGUGUGAAAACCUUGUGAAGACUUACAGAAAACGUUUGACCUGUGUCAUUGCCAACAAAGGGUAUAUAACAAAGUAUUGAGAAACUUUUGUUAUUGACCAAAUACUUAUUUUCCACCAUAAUUUGCAAAUAAAUUCAUUAAAAAUCCUACAAUGUGAUUUUCUGGAAAAAAAAAUCUCAAUUUGUCUGUCAUAGUUGACGUGUACCUAUGAUGAAAAUUACAGGCCUGGCGGCGUAGUGUGUUACUGAUGGUAGGCUUUGUUACUUUGGUCCCAGCUCUCUGCAGUGUGGUUCUGGGAUUUUUGCUCACCGUUCUUGUGAUCAUUUUGACCCCACGGGGUGAGAUCUUGCGUGGAGCCCCAGAUCGAGGGAGAUUAUCAGUGGUCUUGUAUGUCUUCCAUUUCCUAAUAAUUGCUCCCACAGUUGAUUUCUUCAAACCAAGCUGCUUACCUAUUGCAGAUUCAAUCUUCCCAGCCUGUUUCUGGUGUCCUUUGACAGCUCUUUGGUCUUGGCCAUAGUGGAGUUUGGAGUGUGACUGUUUGAGGUUGUGGACAGGUGUCUUUUAUACUGAUAACAAGUUCAAACAGGUGCCAUUAAUACAGGUAACGAGUGGAGGACAGAGGAGCCUCUUAAAGAAGAAGUUACAGGUCUGUGAGAGCCAGAAAUGUUGCUUGUUUGUAGGUGACCAAAUACUUAUUUUCCACCAUAAUUUGCAAAUAAAUUCAUUAAAAAUCCUACAAUGUGAUUUUCUGGAAUUUUUUUCUCUCAAUUUGUCUGUCAUAGUUGACGUGUACCUAUGAUGAAAAUUAUAGGCCUCUCUCAUCUUUUUAAGUGGGAGAACUUGCACAAUUGGUGGCUGACUAAAUACUUUUUUCCCCCACUGUAUAUGUAUGUGUAUGUGUGUAUGUAUGUAUGUAUGUAUGUAUGUAUGUAUGUAUGUAUGUAUGUAUGUAUGUAUGUACAGUGGGGAGAACAAGUAUUUGAUACACUGCCGAUUUUGUAGGUUUUCCUACUUACAAAGCAUGUAGAGGUCUGUAAUUUUUAUCAUAGGUACACUUCAACUGUGAGAGACGGAAUCUAAAACAAAAAUCCAGAAAAUCACAUUGUAUGAUUUGUAAGUAAUUAAUUUGCAUUUUAUUGCAUGACAUAAGUAUUUGAUCACCUACCAACCAGUAAGAAUUCCGGCUCUCACGGACCUGUUCGUUUUUCUUUAAGAAGCCCUCCUGUUCUCCACUCAUUACCUGUAUUAACUGCACCUGUACACACACUCAAUCAAACAGACUCCAACCUCUCCACAAUGGCCAAGACCAGAGAGCUGUGUAAGGACAUCAGGAAUAAAAUUGUAGACCUGCAAAGGCUGGGAUGGGCUACAGGACAAUAGGCAAGCAGCUUGGUGAGAAGGCAACGACUGUUGGCGCAAUUAUUAGAAAAUGGAAGAAGUUCAAGAUAACGGUCAAUCCCCCUCGGUCUGGGGCUCCAUGCAAGAUCUCACCUCGUGGGGCAUCAAUGAUCAUGAGGAAGGUGAGGGAUCAGCUCAGAACUACAUGGCAGGACCUGGUCAAUGACCUGAAGAGAGCUGGGACCACAGUCUCAAAGAAAACCAUUAGUAACACACUACGCCGUCAUGGAUUAAAAUCCUGCAGCGCACGCAAGGUCCCUCUGCUCAAGCCAGCGCAUGUCCAGGCCUGUCUGAAGUUUGCCAAUGACCAUCUGGAUAAUCCAGAGGAGGAAUGGGAGAAGGUCAUGUGGUCUGAUGAGACAAAAAUAUAGCUUUUUGGUCUAUACUCUAUGGAGGAAGAAGAAGGAUGAGUACAACCCCAAGAACACCAUCCCAACCAUGAAGCAUGGAGGUGGAAACAUCAUUCUUUGGGAAUGCUUUUCUGCAAAGGGGACAGGAUGACUGCACCGUAUUGAGGGGAGGAUGGAUGUAUCACAAGAUCUUGGCCAACAACCUCCUUCCAUCAGUAAGAGCAUUGAAGAUGGGUCGUGGCUGGGUCUUCCAGCAUGACAAUGACCCGAAACACACAACCAGGGCAACUAAGGAGUGGCUCCGUAAGAAGCAUCUCAAGGUCCUGGAGUGGCCUAGCCAGUCUCCAGACCUGAACCCAAUAGAAAAUCUUUGGAGGGAGCUGAAAGUCCGUAUUGCCCAGCGACAGCCCCGAAACCUGAAGGAUCUGGAGAAGGUCUGUAUGGAGGAGUGGGAAAAAAUCCCUGCUGCAGUGUGUGCAAACCUGGUCAAGACCUACAGGAAACGUAUGAUCUCUGUAAUUGCAAACAAAGGUUUCUGUACCAAAUAUUAAGUUCUGCUUUUCUGAUGUAUCAAAUACUUAUGUCAUGCAAUAAAAUGCAAAUUAAUUACUUAAAAAUCAUACAAUGUGAUUUUCUGGAUUUUUGUUUUAGAUUCCGUCUCUCACAGUUGAAGUGUGGUAUGUGUGUAUUGUAUGUAUUAUGUUUAUAUGUGUAUAUAUAUACAUAUGAUUUAUAUAUGUGUAUAUUAUAUAUAUAUAAAAACAUGGGGGAUUGGAAGUGAUGCAGACAAUUACAUUGAUGGAAGUUACAAUCUAUCUGCAAUAUUAAGCUGAUCUACCCCCCCCCCCCCCCCCCCCAAAAAAAAAAGCACCCUUAGGAAAGCAAAGCUAAAAAUGUGUUUUAAGAUCUCUUGUAAAUAUGUCCACCAAUAUAAGUCAUGUUAAGAUUCCGUCUUUAUCCACGUUCCGUCUUUAUUGCAAACUGCGCAGAUGAUCAGAUCUCACCAUGCCUGGAGAAGUGUUUCACUUCUCAGGAGCUACAUGAACGUGAUCUAUCUAGUAGCAAGCAAUGCUAUAUCUAAUAUGAAUGUGGUUGUGACCUGGUACACGGCCACUGUGCUGUCUGCUUUCCUUCCUGGGACUGGUGAGAGAGAAGUGUCAGCCUCCUGUGGUAAUUAGCCUACUCGUCCUCAUUAAUUCCUGCUCCACUCCAUCCACUCUUCAGCUCCUGCUAUAAAACCAUGCAGUGAGACUGAACGCUAACGCUGGUGUGUGUGUGUUCAUGUGCACAAGGUCAUCACUUGUUAUUGCGGAGCGCUGUUUCAGCACAGAAACUUCUCUUUAGACUUUGCCCCUCAAACUUUGCUGCUGCUAUGUAACACCACUGUGAUAAUGUCCAUGCCCCACAGAAGCUUACGCCUAUUAGUCUUAGCUAGAACAGCAAUAGGGCGAUGGAGCUUCAUUAUGUUAGCCUACGUUCUGCUCUGAGAAACAAGUGGAGCUUUGCCUCAUUUUGCAUCUAUCCACUGCCCUGUGGUGGCUCACACCCCCUCCCUCUCAUUUAAUUUCCCUGUUUAGCCCUAAUCCAAUAGAUGGAUAGCUAAGGAUCUGUGGCUCUAUGCUUUCACUCAGGUUCCUGCUAGUCUAGAGGCUCUCUCUUUCAUUUUAAAAUGACUGUUGCUAUUGGUUACAACUUCAAAAAGACAAAACACUGUAAGAGACAAACACUUUAAGUUCAGCUUCUCACCCUUUCCAGGGCACAAUUGAUUCAAAUAUGCUUCAAUAUUGCUCCUAGUGAUCUAUUCACAAACCCACCUGGCAUAGCAUGUUAGUAAGUGUGUUACCCACCUGGCAUAGUGUGUUAGUGUGUUACCCACCUGGCAUAGCUUGUUAGUGUGUUACCCACCUGGCAUAGCUUGUUAGUGUGUUACCCACCUGGCAUAGCUUGUUAGUGUGUUACCCACCUGGCAUAGCUUGUUAGUGUGUUACCCACCUGGCAUAGCUUGUUAGUGUGUUACCCUCCUGGCAUAGCUUGUUAGUGUGUUACCCACCUGGCAUAGCUUGUUAGUGUGUUACCCACCUGGCAUAGCUUGUUAGUGUGUUACCCACCUGGCAUAGCUUGUUAGUGUGUUACCCACCUGGCAUAGCUUGUUAGUGUGUUAUCCACCUGGCAUAGCUUGUUAGUGUGUUAUCCACCUGGCAUAGCUUGUUAGUGUGUUACCCACCUGGCAUAGCUUGUUAGUGUGUUACCCACCUGGCAUAGCGUGUUAGUGUAUUACCCACCUGGCAUAGCUUGUUAGUGUGUUACCCACCUGGCAUAGCGUGUUAGUGUGUUACCCACCUGGCAUAGCGUGUUAGUGUGUUACCCACCUGGCAUAGUGUGUUAGUGUAUUACCCACCUGGCUUAGUGUGUUAGUAAGUGCAGUCAGUGCAUGUUAAAGACUUCCCUAGCCGUUCUCCAGGCCUGUCUUGGGGUAGCAGUAGGGAGUGGGACAGUAAAACCAUUUUCAUAUUGCCCCGAAUUGUACUCUGCUAGGGCAGACUUGGAUCAUUUCCUUUUCAUAUUGCCCUUUCCCAACAUGGGUCCAACAACUAUGGUGGAUGCGUAACCAUGCCGGCCCGGCUUAGCACAGUAGUGUGAGACGGGUAUAGCUUAGUCUGUGUGUAUGUGUGUGUUUGUGCGUGGCUGUGUGUGUGGCUGAUGUGCAGUGAGUGACUGUGUGCUGUGAGUGACUGUGUUAGUGUCUGUUAGGAUACACAGCACCUCGUAUAGUCAUAAUCCUCUGCACCAUCCAGAUACCAUAGUGUAAUGGUUGGAUGAUCUGGACCACGGCUUGUGUCAACAUGGGAGGCACCAGUUACAUUGACGAGGAGCAUUCAGGUAUUUAGCCUACAUUUGGCUGAUACAGUAGAUACUGUGCGUACAGUAGCUGAAAUGUCUACCUCUCUCUCUGGUACAAUCUUUGGGAUUACGAUAGCAUGUUCCCUUUGACGCUCCAUUAGCAUGCAUAGCACCCCCAGGCCUCCCAUAGAAGUGACUGCAGUCAGCCAGAGCAGACUACAGGAGCUCAUAAAGAGGGAGUGUGACUGGUUAAGAAGGACACGGCCUGAGAAGGACUGGGAGUGGGGAAGGAAGGGAGUGGAGGGGCUAACCACUUGAUCCAUUAGCCCAGAAUCGAUAAGAGAGGAAGAGUCAUCACUUGUCUGAGCUGCCUGUCUCUCUCUCUCUGUCCAAACUCACUGGUCUCAGUAUCAAUCAGGCUUAUUAUGAGGCUUGGGCUGUGCAGCAGUACACUGUUAUUUAUUUAUGUAGAGACUGUUCACGUGCUGCAUUUCAGAUCACAUUGAUAGGCUCAUUUGCUUGCAAUACACACGAUCUAGAUCUGUUCCCAGGGCAUAGGAUAGUAUCAAUGUAACUUGUUGCUCUAUUUAUGUUUUUACUGUCCAUUAUGUUCUGUCUCUAGCUACUUUUAAAAACCAAUAAAAAACAAUUGCAAUAAUAAUAAGAUCUGUUCCCAGGACUCAUCUACAGAGAUCACUACCACAUCAUAACACACACCUCGGUAGAACAGCGGCGCUGGUUGCCUGGUUCCAUGAUGCAGCUCUGAUCAGCCUUCCCACUGGGCACAGACGUCAGUUCAACGUCUAGUUUUGAUUUACAUUUGGUUGAGCUGUCAACUAACGUGAAUUCAACGUGAAAUCAACAGAACAUGUCACCAUGUCAUUGGAUUUAGGUUAAAAGUUGAGUGAAAAAAAAUAUGAAAUUCCCUUACGUUGGUGACUUUUUCCAAAUCCAAUCAGUUUUCCAUGUUGAUUCAACGUCAUCACGUAUAUUUUUUGGGUUGAAAUGACGUGAAAACAACAUUGAUUCAACCAGUUUUUGCCCAGCCGGUGCCCAUUCACUCACCUUAUUGUCAAAGUUGUAUUUGUGUGUUCUUGGCGGUGAAUAUGGGACGAGGCGACACAAUGCUCUGUUCCAAUACUUUAAAAAUGUAUGCUUCGUUCCUUUCUCCCUUCUGAGAAUUAUGAUGACAUGAUAGGAUUGGUGAAAGCUACAGUAUGUUGUGGAAACCUUGCUGUUAGCCUACCUAUCCAAUUGGGUGAGGUCAGUGGAAGGAAGGAAGGAAGGAAGGAAGGAAGGAAGGAAGGAAGGAAGGAAGGAAGGAAGGAAGGAAGGAAGGAAGGACAUUUAUUUUCAAAGUUUUGGAACAGGGCCUCACAGUUCUAUUUUGCUUUCAGGACUUCCUGACUGACCUGAUGAUGUCAGAAGUGGAUCGUUGUGGGGAGAACGAGCACCUGAUCUUCAGGGAGAACACGCUGGCCACCAAAGCCAUUGAAGAGUACCUUAAACUGGUGGGGCAGAGGUAUCUGCAGGACGCACUAGGUACGUGACAUCCAGACACACUAAAGGAGACAGUGCUGCUACUACAGCAGAGAGCAAAAGUAUUUUAGGAGAGAAGAGGAGCCAUGAACACAUGGAAUAGGCCUAUGUAUUGUUCAUUAAGUAUCAUACAUCUGGCUAGUAUCUGGCCUUCAGAAAAACUCCCUGUACUCUCCACACACAGUACAUUUUUAAGUGACUAUUCAGAUCAAUAAUUCAUUGUUUUUCUGGAAAGUGACUUUGUUUGAAGCCGUGUUGAAUGAUUCAGAACGUCGAUCUGUCCUUGAUGGUUGACUGGCCCUCUUAAAAGUAUAUCACCAAAGAUAAAAGGGAAUAAAAUAACUCGGGGCUCUUUCACUAGCUGUCUAGCGAAGUAAAACCUUGGUGCAAGACAAUCAGUGAGAAAAUGAUUCAUCAAUCUAGCUGUGGGGUGGCGAUUUGAGUCUGUCAUCUGAUGUCCGUGGACUUGUACGAUGGAAGGAGGAACUCAAUUCAACAAAGGGAACAGUGUUGUUUUUUUACCACGUUUUGUCAUGCGUCACCAGAUAUUUUGAACACCAAUAGUCCAAUAGUCCAUAAACAGUCAUAGCAAAUAACAGCAGCAGUUUCCUUACCUAGUACAAUAAGUGGAUUUUCUAUCAGUGUUUAUGACAUUAGCGUGUGCCAACUAGCAGAACUGUAUGAUUUUAGUGCCAAAAGAAAUUGCAUCUUCAUAACUGUAGGCCUAUAUGUACUGUAAUGGAGAUUGUGGUCCUAGUCAGAGUAGUGACAACAGGCCUGUGUGCUGUUCUCCCUCCCUCUCCCAGGAGAGUUCAUCAAAGCCCUGUACGAGUCAGACGAGAACUGCGAGGUAGACCCGGGGAAGUGUUCCUCAGGAGACCUCCCUGAGAACCAGAGCAACCUGAAGAUGUGCUGUGAGCUGGCCUUCUGCAAGAUCAUCGACUCCUACCGGUAAAUACACACACAUCCCUCCCCCUCUCUGCCAAUACAAGUAGCUAGCAUUAGCCCUCAUAUUCUACUACCAAGCUUUCAGAGCUUUCACCAUCGUCUAAUGAAAGCUUGAAUUGUGCAAAGGAUGUACAAAAAAAAAAGAAUGUACCUACCAAUGUUUCCAUGCAGUGUUUUCCCGCGGGAACUGAAGGAGGUGUUUGCCUCGUGGAGGCAGCAGUGCAGCAGUCGGGGCCGGCCGGACAUCAGCGAGCGUCUGAUCAGCGCCUCUCUGUUCCUGCGCUUCCUGUGUCCAGCCGUUAUGUCACCGUCACUCUUCAACCUGAUGCAGGAGUACCCCGACGACCGCACCGCACGCACCCUCACGCUCAUCGCCAAGGUCACGCAGAACCUCGCCAACUUCACCAAGUAAGUGGGGGUGUGUGUACGAGUGUGUUAGUGAUGCACGGGUUGACUCAUAACCCACAGUCCCCGCGGUUAUGUCUGCAGGGCAGGCUGGUUUAAAUAUUGUGUGGGUGAAGAGCUGUUGGGUGAAGAGAAAACAAUACCUUCAAAAAUCCAUAAAUGUAUCAUUCUUGUGCAAUUUCUAUCUAUAGGCUACAUUGGAAAAGAUUUGGUGUGAUGAUUGUGAGGCGCUAUACAAAUUAAACGGCCACAAGACGGGGACUACAAAUAGGCCUAUGGCACCUCAAGGGAACUGUAGCCUACUGGUCAGAUGGGUUAAAUGGAAACUGAAAUCUGGACACUGACUGUAGGUCUAUAACCUAUCACAUACAGUUGAAGUCGGAAGUUUACAUACACUUAGGUUGGAGUCAUUAAAACUUGUUUUUCAACCACUUUCCAACAAUUGUUUACAGACAGAUUAUUUCACUUAUAAUUCACUGUAUCACAAUUCCAGUGGGUAAGAAGUUUACAUACACUAAGUUGACUGUGCCUUUAAACAGCUUGGAAAAUUCCAGAAAAUUGUCAUGGCUUUAGAAGCUUCUGAUAGGCUAAUUGACAUAAUUUGAGUCAAUUGGAGGUGUACCUGUGGAUGUAUUUCAAGGCCUACCUUCAAACUUUGCUUGACAUCAUGGGAAAAUCAAAAUAAAUCAGCCAAGACCUCCCCCAAAAAACUGUAGACCUCCACAAGUCUGGUUCAUCCUUGGGAGCAAUUUCCAAACGCCUGAAGGUACCACGUUCAUCUGUACAAACAAUAGUAUGCAAGUAUAAACACCAUGGGACCAUGCAGCUGUCAUACUGCUCAGGAAGGAGACGCGUUCUGUCUCCUAGAGAUGAACGUACUUUGGGGUGAAAAGUGCAAAUCAAUCCCAGAACAACAGCAAAGGACCUUGUGAAGAUGCUGGAGGAAACUGGUAAAAAAAGUAUCUAUAUCCACAGUAAAACGAGUCCUAUAUCGACAUAACCUGAAAGGCCGCUCAGCAAGGAAGAAGCGACUGCUCCAAAACCGCCAUAAAAAAGCCAGACUACGGUUUGCAACUGCACAUGGGGACAAAGAUCGUACUUUUUUGGAGAAAUGUCCUCUGGUCUGAUGAAACAAAAAUAUAACUGUUUGGCCAUAAUGACCAUCGUUAUGUUUGGAGGAAAAAGGGAGGAAUCUUGCAAGGCCAAGAACACCAUCCCAACUGUGAAGCACGGGGGUGGCAGCAUCAUGCUGUGUGGGUGCUUUGCUGCAGGAGGGACUGGUGCACUUCACAAAAUAGAUGGCAUCAUGAGGAAGGAAAAUUAUGUGGAUAUAUUGAAGCAACAUCUCAAGACAUCAAUCAGGAAGUUAAAGCUUGGUCGCAAAUGGGUCUUCCAAAUGGACAAUGACCCCAAGCAUACUUCCAAAGUUGUGGCAAAAUGGCUUAAGGACAACAAAGUCAAGGUAUUGGAAUGGCCAUCACAAAGCCCUGACCUCAAUCCUAUAGAAAAUGAGUGGCCAGAACUGAAAAGGCUUGUGCAAGCAAGGAGGCCUACAAACCUGACUCAGUUACACCAGCUCUGUCAGGAGAAAUGGGCCAAAAUUCACCCAACUUAUUGUGGGAAGCUUGUGGAAGGCUACCAGAAACGUUUGACCCAAGUAAAACAAUUUAAAGGCAAUGCUACCAAAUACUAAUUGAGUGUAUGUAAACUUUUGACCCACUGGGAAUGUGAUGAAAGAAAUAAAAGCUGAAAUAAAUCAUUCUCUCUACUAUUAUUCUGACAUUUCACAUUCUUAAAAUAAAGUGGUGAUCCUAACUGACCUAAGACAGGGAAUUUUUACUCAGAUUAAAUGUCAGGAAUUGUGAAAAACUGAGUCUAAAUGUAUUUGGCUAAGGUGUAUGUAAACUUCCGACUUCAACUGUAGCUGUAAUAUUAACUCCUGCAGAAUAAAGCAUUUCUUGCAGUAAAAUGAUACAGCAAAUGUAGGCAACAUUUUUACUCUGGAACAGGAUUGGAGAAAUAUGAUUUCUUUGUUUCAGCAUCUUGAGAGAAUGUGAAUGCUUAGUUGGAUACCAUCUGUAGACGUGCAAUCUUUAUCAGCAUCAUAAAAGCUAAUAGUAUUUCAACCACAUAAAAUAUGCAUCCAAGCCGAACUGAAAUCUUAUCAGAAACACGUUGGGUAGUUUUCACAGCCUUCUAUUUCCUUACAACCGGCCAAACUGAUGUCAUUUCAACAUUUUUGCACAGAAAAUCUUUAGUUUUUUGGAGGGGGUUAUUGCAUUUUCUCCCCAGUCCCUUAACGUCUUUGCGCCACGAAAGAAGCAGAGAUGACAGAGAACUUUACCAAUGUCAGCUAGAUUGAAGCAUUCAUUCUAAUGAUUUAUGACAUUCUGGUGAGCUGGGGUUUAUUUAGUCUUCUAGGACUACAUAUAAUGACAGACGAGAAGCUGCAUGUAUCUAAUUAUAGACUAACAAAUAGCCUGUCGAAAUAUCAGAAAUUAUAAGCAAAAACAUAUCUAAAUCAGCCCCCAAAAAAUCCUGCACCCCGUCCAAAAUUAUUUUAGCCAUCUAUGACGGUAGCCUACAGCGCAUUUUCUAUAUUAGCGGGUUAGGGUCGGGUGCGGGCCUCAUAUUUUCACUUUAUCACAUAUAGUCGGGCGGUUGCGGAUGGGUUAUUAGCAAUUGCGGGCAGGUGCGGGUGAACAAACAACUGUCCCACGCACCACUAGUGCGCAUCCAUAAAAUAUACAUGUUGGUGUGUUUAUCUGUUGAAAACCGCAUCAUUCCUUCUGUUUUUGUUCCUUUAUCUGUCCAGGUUUGGUAACAAGGAGGAGUACAUGUCCUUUAUGAACCAGUUCCUGGAGCACGAGUGGACCAACAUGCAGCGCUUCCUGCUGGAGAUCUCCAACCCAGAGACCAUCUCCAACACGGCAGGGUUCGAGAGUUACAUUGACCUGGGCCACGAGCUCUCCUCCCUGCACUCCCUGCUGGCCGAGGACGUCUCUCAGCUGGACCAGGUACCAGGAUUACACCACACUACUGGGAUUUACUCUGUAAUGACACACUCGCACUACGCGCUACUUUCAGCGACCGAGCGACCGGAUACUAGUCCUUUUCAAUGGGCUUGACAAAAGGGGGACAUGCUGAUGUUAUAUGUGAAAAUGACAUGUUACUAAAUAAUGAGUUCAUAGGAAUUGCAUGAGACAUAUGCAUGGGAGAUAUUAGUGUGCAUUAUUAUUUUGUCUCCCUGCAGAGCACAGCCUCUAAGUUGGGUCCCUUGGCCCGUAUACUGUGGGACGUGAACUCAGCGCUGACCAACCCAUCUGGGGUACAGGUGUCCACCCCUACAGAGCGCAUGGGCUCUCCCCCCCUUCCCCUCCCCCUCCCAUUGGCAAGCUGCAGCCUCUCCACCGGCCUACCUCUUCACAAGAUGGUCAUGGACAGCGAGCUCUCUGGGUAAGGGGGCCACAGAAUUCUAAUGACAGUGUUAUUUAUGCUUCGUAUGACACACACAACCUGCAGAGAUCUGGAGAUCUAUGUGGGAGUUUACAUUAUCAGCAUUUCAACAUUUAACUUAAAGGCCCAAUGCAGUCGUUUUUAUAUUGCUAUCAAAUAAUUUCUGGGUAACAGUUAAGUACCUUACUGUAAUAGGUUUCCAUUAAAAUUGGCUAAAAUUGCUUUUUAGCAAAAAAACUAUUUCUCAAGCAAGAAUUUUGCAUGGACUGUCUGGGAGUGGUCUGAGUGGUGAGGGGAAAACUGAAAACUGAAAACUAGCUGUUAUUGGCAGAGCGGUUUGGAACUCUCUUUGUUAUUGGUCUGUUAACCAAUUUACCGCAUAGUGACGUCGCAAUGGAAAGACAACUCUUUUACAGUGUCAGUUUCAUCAGCUAUUGUACAAUAUGUGACCAACCGGCUCGAUUCGGUCUUAUGUAGCAAAAUUUGAAAUGGUGUUUUUUACAUUAGAUAAAAGUAGAGACUCAGUGCUAGAAAAUGGUAUAUCAUACCCUACAGUUGAGGAACAAUGGGAAAGUAAUUCUGCUUUGAAAGUUGAUAAACUUGUAACCCCACUUUUGAGAAAAUGGCCCUUGAAUGUUUUGGUACACCUACUGGAGAGCUCUUCAUUGUCAAUACCCAUUCAGCAUCGUUCACACCCUCUUAAGCCUUAGCCCAACCAUCUCUUUAAGGAUUCACGUGCGGCCAUGUGCUGAACUGUACGGUGACUACGGUAGUGUAUUAAACAACCAAAUAUUUCAAGACUAAAGUCUGGUUUAUACUACGUCUAUCGACAUGUCUUUAUAAAGUUGUCGCAGUGACAUCAUGAACAUUCUAUUGUCGUCCGACAUCAAACUUGUCGUUAUGAAAAAGUAUAAACACAAAAACGACAGGCUGCAUGACAUCGGCAGCCUGGUGGUCCAAAAUAGCAUAACUGGUGAAUUUUAACACCAAUAAACCACAGUAGGAAAAAAAAAAAUAAAAAAUACAAAAGAAACCCAUCCGUUUAAAAAAAGAAUUUAGUAUAUAUCAAUCUAGCACAUCAGGAAACUAAAAGCAACUUUCUAAACAAUGUUUUGGUUCGUUUCUAGUUUGUUAGCUAGCUAGCUAAGUUCGUUAAGUUAGCUGGCUAGCCAGUUCAAAUAAUGACCAUAUCAUAUAGCUGACACGUCUUAACUUUAGCUAAUUUGUAUUCAUUAUUACAGGAAAAUAAACUCACAAGAAGAUCAUUAUUUACAAUUUAAGGGCGAGCUAAUUACAGAAAAUAGCUUACAGUUGUGAGUGUGACGAAAAAAAAAGCAGGGCAUUCUACUUGAGAAUUUUAGAACUUGGACACUGUCUUGUUGACCUAAAGUUAUAUCCUAAUUUGACAUUGGUACAGGCCAUGUUGUUCUUCACAUUACCGUCUCUGGUAAACACAUACUAUAGCAAAUAAAAUCCAUGUUUAUUUGUCACAAACACAGGAUACAGAAGGUGUAAACGGUACAGUGAAAUUAUUACUUGCAUAGUGGAGUCUUUUGUUUAGACAUGUAGCUAGCUAGCUAGUUAAACAAUGAACCAUAAUCCCAACUCAUAACGUUACUACCCUGCAUUAAUCUACCGGUAGCUAAAGCUAACCAACUAGGUUCAAUGUUAGCUAGCUAGCUAACAUCAGGCUAUAACUAGCAAUGCAAAUGGCUCUGAGAUACGAAUAAUAUUACUACACAGAUCAUACACGUAACGUUAGCUAGCCAGCCAGCUAACGUUAGCUAGCUAGCUAACAGUAUGCUUUAACUUGCAAUGAAAAUGACUUUCUUACAAAAUUAAAAACGUAUAAUAUCUGAAAAUGUAGCUAGCUAGACUUUCUUACCCGUAUACAUGGAUGAACGCUUCUCCCUCUCUGUCACGGAUGCCAUGGUUGCCCUUAGUUUGAAGAUGUAAUCCGGAGACAGGUGUUUUUUGCAAUUCUUCAUGAUAUCUUUAAAAAAAAGCAGCAUUAGAAAGGAUUACCUACACAUACUGAGCAGCUCAUGUUAUAGACAGACGCAUGCUACAUGGCAGACCAAUCUCUCGGCAUGUCCAACCCAUCCAUUGUCUCAGCCAAUCAUGGCUAGCGGGAAGGUUCCUGUGUUGUCCGUGGCUAAACCGACUAGGCUCGUAAUUUAACAAUUUUAUUCGUAUUUACAGAUGGCAUUCAAAUGUGUUAUUAAGGCACAUGAAAUGUCACAUUCCAGAAGGCAUUUCUGCAACAACAACAACAACAAAUAUUUUAAAAAAUGUUUACAUUCAAAUGCCUCUCCUGUGAGGUAGUGACGCGCGACAUAUGCCUUGUUUCCAUAUGAUAUGAAACACUGGAAAAACAUAAUUUUGACUGCACUGGGCCUUUUUAAUAGAUGUUGAUUUUACAAUUCAGCAAUUUCUUGACAGUUCUUUGGAAGGGUAUUAUCUUUACAGUGUCUCCGGUCUAAAACAACAUUUAUCUCAUUUGAUGCUGUUGUCUUGGUGCAGGUUGGUUGAUUUUACGAGGCUGCCGUCGCCAACCCCAGAGAACAAGGAUUUAUUCUUUGUGACGAGGAACUCUGGCAUCCAGCAGUCUCCAGCCAGAAGCUCCAGCUACUCGGAGGCCAACGAGGCUGAGGUACAGCUCCCCAACAGCAGCAAGAGUCUGUCCAUGGUAGACCUGCAGGACAGCCGCAGCCUGGAGAGUACCCCUGGCCCUGCCUCCCCCAGCGACAUGCUCUUCAACGACAGCCAGUUCCCAGUCACCCCUGGGCCUGGGGGCUGGGCCGCCCGCACCCCUCAGGGCAUCAUACCCACUCCCGGCCCCGGGCCCACUCUGAGGAGGACAGGCCAGACCCCCAACACCCCCAGCACAGAGAGCAGCACCCCAGGCCCAGGGAGGCCCUCACAGCUCCUGGCCCCACUCUCCUUCCAGAACCCUGUUUACCAGAUGGCCACGGGGAUGACCAUAAGCGUUUCCCCGCGGGGUCCCCUGGCCGACUCGGGCUCCGAUGGCCACAGCUCCGUCAGCUCUCAGGGCAACAACACAGAGGACACCCCCAAGCACCCGGGGGUCUUCCUCACCCAGGGGGUGGCGGUCAGUAGCGGAGGAGGCAGCAGCAGUGAGUUCACCACCCGCCGCCAGCUGUCCCUCGGGGAGCACCAGCCCAACGUGCCGCGGCAGAACAGCGCCGGCCCCCAGCGCAGGAUAGACCAGCCCCCUACGCCCGUCACCAGGGGCAGGACGCCGCCCAACAUGCUCCAGACAGCCUACCCUGGGCCGCGGCCCUCCAGCGGCAGCAUUAUGUCAUCAUCCCCCGACUGGGGGCCCAGUGGCGGCAACCGUCUGAGACAGCAGUCGUCCUUUUCCAAAGGGGACAGUCCUGAGACCAAGCAGCGCACCCUGCACAAAGUGAGUAGAGCAUGUAACAUCAUGUGGUGUGGUUGGGGGGGGGGGGGGGGAUCACUGUUAUCCUGGACAGACACUGUGUCUGCAGGCUUGUAUUAGGAAUGUAGGUCACUCUAAUAUACAGUGGGGAGAACAAGUAUUUGAUACACUGCCGAUUUUGCAGGUUUUACUACUUACAAAGCAUGUAGAGGUCUGUAAUUUUUAUCAUAGGUACACUUCAACUGUGAGAGACGGAAUCUAAAACAAAAAUCCAGAAAAUCACAUUGUAUGAUUUUUAAGUAAUUAAUUUGCAUUUUAUUGCAUGACAUAAGUAUUUGAUCACCUACCAACCAGUAAGAAUUCCGGCUCUCACAGACCUGUUAGUUUUUCUUUAAGAAGCCCUCCUGUUCUCCACUCAUUACCUGUAUUAACUGCACCUGUUUGAACUCGUUACCUGUAUAAAAGACACCUGUCCACACACUCAAUCAAACAGACUCCAACCUCUCCAUAAUGGCCAAGACCAGAGAGCUGUGUAAGCACAUCAGGGAUAAAAUUGUAGACCUGCACAAGGCUGGGAUGGGCUACAGGACAAUAGGCAAGCAGCUUGGUGAGAAGGCAACAACUGUUGGCGCAAUUAUUAGAAAAUGGAAGAAGUUCAAGAUGACGGUCAAUCACCCUCGGUCUGGGGCUCCAUGCAAGAUCUCACCUCGUGGGGCAUCAAUGAUCAUGAGGAAGGUGAGGGAUCAGCCCAGAACUACACGGCAGGACCUGGUCAAUGACCUGAAGAGAGCUGGGACCACAGUCUCAAAGAAAACCAUUAGUAACACACUACGCCGUCAUGGAUUAAAAUCCUGCAGCGCACGCAAGGUCCCCCUGCUCAAGCCAGCGCAUGUCCAGGCCCGUCUGAAGUUUGCUUGAUCCAGAGGAGGAAUGGGAGAAGGUCAUGUGGUCUGAUGAGACAAAAAUAGAGCUUUUUGGUCUAAACUCCACUCGCCGUGUUUGGAGGAAGAAGAAGGAUGAGUACAACCCCAAGAACACCAUCCCAACCGUGAAGCAUGGAGGUGGAAACAUCAUUCUUUGGGGAUGCUUUUCUGAAAAGGGGACAGGACGACUGCACCGUAUUGAGGGGAGGAUGGAUUGGGCCAUGUAUCGCGAGAUCUUGGCCAACAACCUCCUUCCCUCAGUAAGAGCAUUGAAGAUGGGUCGUGGCUGGGUCUUCCAUCAUGACAACGACCCGAAACACACAGCCAGGGCAACUAAGGAGUGGCUCCGUAAGAAGCAUCUUAAGGUCCUGGAGUGGCCUAGCCAGUCUCCAGACCUGAACCCAAUAGAAAAUCUUUGGAGGGAGCUGAAAGUCUGUAUUGCCCAGCGACAGCCCCGAAACCUGAAGGAUCUGGAGAAGGUAUGGAGGAGUGGGCCAAAAUCCCUGCUGCAGUCUGUGCAAACCUGGUCAAGACCUACAGGAAACGUAUGAUCUCUGUAAUUGCAAACAAAGGUUUCUGUACCAAAUAUUAAGUUCUGCUUUUCUGAUGUAUCAAAUACUUAUGUCAUGCAAUAAAAUGCAAAUUAAUUACUUAAAAAUCAUACAAUGUGAUUUUCUGGAUUUUUGUUUUAGAUUCCGUCUCUCACAGUUGAAGUGUAUCUAUGAUAAAAAUUACAGACCUCUACAUGCUUUGUAAGUAGGAAAACCUGCAAAAUCGGCAGUGUAUCAAAUACUUGUUCUCCCCACUGUAUCUACUGCUGUACAUAUCAUUCUUAGUAUAUCUUGUGUCAAUUAAUCCAGUGUAUAUACGUAGAGAUUGCAUUUGGAUUACUGUUAGUGCUAUUUGGGUUGUUAAUUGGAUUCGUUCCGACAUAAUAAAAAAAAAAAUGUUGGUGUACUUGUUUGACAUUUUACUGCAUUGUUAGGAACUAGUAACAUAAGCAUUUAGCUGCACUCGCUAUAACAUUUGCUAAACUGUGUACGGGACCAAUAAACUUUGAUUUGAUUAGUGUUGUCACGAUACCAGAUUUUUAAAACUUCGAUACCAGGUUGAGUAUCAUAAUACUCGAUACUGAAACGAUAUUCAAUUACAAAACGAUACUCAAUACCAAAACGAUACCAUGGCAAAAAAAUUGAAAUCUUAUUAGCUAAAGUCACAGAAUAACCACUGGGCUUUAUUUUGUUUAAACAUUGAACAAAAUGUUGAUAACUUGUAGAACAAAUAGAAUAUCUUCUAUUCUAUAUUAAAUUAUGUUGCAAAAAUAAAACACCAUAUUAAAAAACUGAAGAAUUCCUUCAAACCAUAUCGGAGACUCAGAGCAGACAAAAUAAUUGUACAAUUACAUCUAAAUUGUUUUAAAAUGUAAUUCGAUACAUAUCAGAGUUAAUUUGCCAAAAUAUUGGGUCAAAUGACAUUCAUUAGACUCAUAAUUCAUUACAGUUAAAUAAUUGGAUGUAGUAAAUGAGUAGUUUAGUUACAAAAUGACAUGAAAAACACUUUGAAACUCAUUUCUGAAGCUUCUAUAUUACAAUAGUCUACACGCCAUAGAAAUACAAUGGAAUUUACACAAUAUACUACGAUUUGUAGAGUGCAUUUCACUUCCCAGGCUGCAAUGCUCUGCCCAGGACUGGCUGGCUAGUGGCUACUGGCCACUGCUAGCAAGCGCAGACAAACGCAAAGUAGUCUAAAUAUAUUGCUAUCAAGUUAUGAGUGCGUUUCACCUUACUUUUGGGUUGUGUAAUCAUAUUAUAAUCCUCACAUGAAUGUCAUGCUGAAUAUACACUGAGUGUACAAAACAUUAAGAACACCUUACUAAUAUUGAGUUGCACCCCUUCUUUUGCCCUCAGAACAGCCUCAAUUCGUUGGGACAUGAACUCUACGAGGUGUCGAAAGCGUUCCACAGGGAUGCUGACCCAUGUUGACUCCAAUGCUUCCCACAGUUGUGUGAAGUUGGCUGGAUAUCCUUUGGGUGGUGAACCAUUCUUGAUUCACACGGGAAAAUGUUGAGCGUGAAAAACCCAGCAGCGUUGCAGUUCUUGACACAAACCGGUGCGCCUGGCACCUACUACCAUACCCUGUUCAAAGGCACUUAAAUAUUUUUGUCUUGCCCAUUCACCCUCUGAAUGGCACACAUACACAAUCCAUAUCACAAUUGUCUCAAGGUUUAAAAUCCUUCUUUAACUUGUCUCCUUCUCCUACCCUGGUUGAAGUGGAUUUAGCAAGUGACAUCAAUAGCUUUCACCUGGAUUCACCUGGUCAGUCUGUCAUGGAAAGGCAUUUGUCCUUAAUGUUUUGUACACUCAGUGUAUGUUCAUGUCAUUGUCAGUCAAAAAUCAUUCAAAUUUAGUAGAAUAACGACAACAUUACAAUGCAAAUGGCAUGUGUAAAAUAGUGUUUUUUAUGUGGUUUUGAAUCGAAACCUCCCUUGCACUGCUUUGCAACACCUUUUGCUUAGUAGUUUAGGUGGGCUGGCCCUCAUAUUCCCAUAGUUCGCUUCUGCAGCCAGUGUUGUCAACAAGCUGUGGGCGUGGAGGUAUGAUGUUUUCGUUUGAAGAAGCCAUACUGUCUGCAUUUUCUCUCUCUUGCUUGCACUGUGUCGGCUGCCUGGCUAGCUACUGCCCCCUUGAGAAGAUUCAGACAGAUUACUAGACAGACUCGAUCCUCUCAAUCCGUAUAUGAAGUGAGACACAUUUGACAGAAGUAUUGAAAGUACCAAACCGUUUUUCAUGUUCUAGUAUUGAAUAAGUACCGAAGUUUCGGUAUACCGUGCAACACUAGAUUUGAUAAGCUCUUGGUUGAGUAACCACUUAAUAUCUAUCUGGCCAGAGUUUGGAUUGCAUUGUACUAGGUGCUGCAGGUAGGAAAUUAGAUUCUGAUGAGGAGUAACUCUCCAUAACCAAUGGCUGAACUUCAGAAUAAUAAUACACACAGCCAAGCCCAUUAGCAUUGCUAGCUUAACUUCAUCUGUGGCCUUGAGGGAUGAGCCAGGCAGGAUAUGACCUCGGUGGAGGUCUCCAGCUCACAGUCACUGUGGUUGGUGGAGACAGUAUGGAUUUAAUGCCCAAUUGGCCUCAAUAAGCAUUAAUAACACUCAGCCUCACUAAGCCAAUAGCAAAUCACCCAGGGCAGUGAGUCCAGAGGCGGUACCCUACAGGCCUCAGUGCUGAUGCCUGCGAAUGGACUAGACAGGCAGAAUUAAUUGUGACUAUGGACGUAGUGGUUAUUAAAUGCCUGUUCCACUCAACUAAAUCAGUUUUGUCUGUGGUCUGAAUAAACCCUCAUUAUUAACAGAUGGAGCAUUUACCAGCUAAACACAACUGCACCCCUCUCCUUGGUAAUAUUUAGGAUCAAAACAAGUUCCACGCUGUAUUUGGGUCUCUCUCUCUGUGGGUUUGUGGUGGUCGCCAGGUCCCAGCCAGAGUAGGAGGGUUUUUUUAGGGAACGCACCAGGGGGCAGGUGAAAAGACGGGUUUAACAUAUAGACUAACUGAACCAUUUCGCUAUUAAACAAAUAAAUUCCUUCAAUUAUUAAAAUCUUCUUUAUCAAGGUUUUAGAGACUUGAUACCAAGCUCUCGUGAUUCCUUACUAAGAUUAACAUGGACAAUUCACCAAUGCAAAACAACCAACCCUGUGCCUUCCCCUUGCUUCACCCUUGUUCCUCUGAUCCCCCCCUAGCUGAAUACACUGGCUCUGCUCUACUCCACAGUAGACACAGGCUCUGCUCUACUCCUCAGUAGACACUGGCUUCCCAUUGAAGGGAUGGGAAUGAGUACUCGAAUACUCGAACAGACGUCAAAGCUCCAUCUUUAACCCAUUUUUUUUCAUUUGCUUUGAAUCUGGUGUUCCAUUUGUACAAAAUGAAACUAAUCAUCACACUGUUCUUUUCCCUAAAUUCCCUUUCCCCUCCGUGUCUUAUUCACUCAAUUGCAGCAUUCCAACCGCUCCCUCCACACACACACACAAGCUCCCGCUAGGCCUACUGAAAUAAAUGCCUAUAAAAAUAUAUCUAACUGAUGGGAAACACAAGCUACAUUCCUUGCCAAAUGAUGACAGUUUUAUCACAAAUCCAAAAUGGACUGGUUGAUUGAAGUAGGAAAAUAUGUGUUCUAACACCGAGCUACAGUUUUUGAAUAAUUGCGUCGCAUCUAUUUUACGCUUAAGCUACUUUGCGAACUGCUAAUGCCAUUUAGAGUUGGUUAGCCUAGACUAUAACCCCCCUAAACAUAGACAGGUUCCACACUGACAAUAUGCAAAAACAUUAGUUUGAUAAAGAGCGUAUUUUCAUCAGAAUCAUUAAGCAUAUGCCUACUCACCAAACAGAUUUCGUGGCCGUAAUUCAUCACAUGCAGUGUUCAAUGUGGAAUUGUUCAUUUUGAAAAUUCCAAAGAAGAGGCAGAUUAAACUAAAUCGAACGUCUGUAUAUCGAAAAGAAGACAAAUGUUGGUUUCUAACCCAGAUGUAUUUUCUUCUUUCAACUCAACCAAAUUGAGCCCCGUUUCAAAUUGUCACUCUGAGAAUACUGUAACUGCUCCAGGCAUGAGAUGCUCAUCACUUCAAACUGGUAACUUUAUUCAUUUGGAAAAAUAGUCUGUUUCUAUUUUAUUCUGUUAGAUUACGUCAUGUUUUUUAAAACUAUAAAAUAGGUGUGUCUUGACUGUGAUAAGGGCUCGGGAAAUAAGAGCGUCUGUCUGCUAAAUUAACAAAACAAGGCUAUGCCAUUGCACAGCCAUAGGUUUCUACAAGCAAGCGCCACUGCUGAGGUUACAGCCUUUUUGAAGAUUGUGUUCCACGAUAUAAUACAAUAACAAGUUGAUAUUACGGUUUCAAUAAAUUAAUCUUAAAUGGCACUUGCUUUUUUAUUGAGGCAAUUAAGCAAUUAGGAUUUGUUAUCUGUAAUAGUAAUGGUAAAUUAGGCAUUGUUGGCAUAUAGAUAAAUGCGCACAUAUUUUCAGUUCGAGUACUCGAAAAAGAGUCCUAUUGUAGCUUGUGAUUUUCAUCAUGCAACAUUUAUUUACCCUGCCGCACUUCUUCUAAUCAUUACUUACCAGAAGGGGUGUGUGUGUGUGUGUGUGUGUGUGUGUGUGUGUGUGUGUGUGUGUGUGUGUGUACACGUGCGUGCUUUUUGUGUGUGUUCCACCAGGUGCCCUCCCCUGUGAACCCCAAUGCCCUGGACCGCACUGCUGCUUGGCUGUUGAAUAUGAAUGUGCAGUAUUUAGACCAAGAGGGAGUUGACCCAGAUACCAAGCACAGGGAAGACCUCCGAAACAAAGAGGAGCUCACCCAGACUGAAAAGGUAAUGUCUAGCGCAACAUCACAACACCAUUCAGCACAGCUACAACAUCACAACACCAUUCAGCACAGCUACAACAUCACAACACCAUUCAGCACAGCUACAACAUCACAACACCAUUCAGCACAGCUACAACAUCACAACACCAUUCAGCACAGCUACUCUACUUCUUUACAGGGGUGUUAUUGAUGAAGUGAAAGCAAAGACCGGGCCGAGGUAAUGGAUCUCUCCCUACUAGCAGGUCUUCCAUGAUUUGAAUUUGUGGAUAUUAAAGGGUUAUUUGCUGCUUAAGUGGAAAGAAAAAUGAUACUGUGUGCAGAGAGAAGUACCAUGAUAUACUGUAUACUGGUGGUGUAAUUAUACUACAGUAUACGAGUUGAAUUAGCCUCUCUAUUCUGACAUUGUUGAAAUAUAGGUAGACUGCCAGGUGUAGGUUGACGUUUAUUGUCAUGAAUCUUGCCCUGGAGGCAGAGCUGAGUGAUUUUCUGCUAGAUGGGCCAGAUGCAAAGUCAAAAUUGGCUAUGUUAUAAAUAUUCAUGAAAACUAAAAUGUGCUUUUGGUCUUAAUUUAAGGUUAGGGUUAGCAGUGUGGUUAAGGUUAGGGUUAGCAGUGUGGUUAAGGUUAGGGUUAGCAGUGUGGUUAAGGUUAGGGUUAGCAGUGUGGUUAAGGUUAGGGUUAGCAGUGUGGUUAAGGUUAGGGUUAGCAGUGUGGUUAGGGUUAGCAGUGUGGGUAAGGUUAGGGUUAGAUUUUGUGGCUGUGCCAGCUAGAUCACUCUGCAGAGCUGCCUCCAGGGCAGGAUUCAUGACAAUAAAUGCCAAUCUGCUAGAUGGGUAUAGGCUGAGUGUGCCCUCCCCUCUCUCUGCCAAUUUCCCUAGCUACUCCAAUUAAUUAUACACCAGCAACAUAUUGCACUCGAACACACUUAUCAGCGAAACAUACACGGACACGUUUUCAUCACACACAAAUUCAUGGCUUUCAAUUUCUAGAUGUUUUUAAGGUGUUUUAGUGAUCAUUUCACCUCUGCCAAAGUGAGAACCAAACACUUUCCUUUUUAAGUGAUAAUGAUGAUUCUUACAAAUCCAACUUCUGUUAAUUAUUUUGGACAAUUACUACCCGUAAAUGCCCAUUAUAAUGUCCUUAGUUGAAGUUAGUUGAAGGGCUCUUUAAUCUUUGUAUUAAACAGACAGAAUACAGUACUCAGUGCUAGAAUAUUAUAUUUGAAGAAUUAGGCAUAUUUCAAUCACUAUGGUUUUAGACCAGGUACUGUCUACUGUAUGGUUUCUAUGGAGCCUAGUUAGUACAUUACGCAACAGCAGUGUCGGGAAUGUCAUUCUAAGUAGAAAUAAAAUCCCUGCAUCUUAAAUCCCAUUUUACUUUUUUUAAUAGCUUGUUAAACGCUGUAGGAUGUAUUAUUUUCAUCAAUCUGUUUGAGAUUCACUUGCUUGCAGAGACAGUAGAAAUGUACCUGAAAGCUUUGCAGGAUCCCACAUUUGAACCCGGGCCGGCGUUUCAUAGCAUGACUAGGAGCUUUGACUUGAUUGUGAACCUGAGUUUUCAUCCAUACACUUGCAUUAGCAUACACUGUACAUUACAGUAGUUACUCCACAGAGGAUGGUAAGACUACUCUUCUGUCAGCAGUUGAGUCCAAGAAAAACAGAAGCAUAUCAAACCCAACGACAAACUGUCUCAUAGCCCACUGAAUGGGAGCUGCUUUGGGAAUGACAAGUGUGUGUGCGUGCGACACUGGUCUGUCACUGACUCCCAACUGCCACUCUGUCCUGUGCCCAGUACCAGCAGGAAAUCGCCAUCCUGCAGGACAAGCUGUGUCAGUCAGCCAAGAAGCUGGAGGAGUAUGAGUGUCACCUUAACGGCCAGGACGAGCAGACCCAGACGAUGCUGCUGGAGUACCAGGCGCGCCUGGAGGACACGGAGGAGCGCCUGCGCCGGCAGCAGGACGACAAGGAGCUCCAGAUGAAGAGCAUCAUCACCAGGUGAGGUGUCCUCUACCUACCAGUGGAGACUGGUGUCACUUUAAAUCGGAGCAAAAGAUGUGUACAUCAUCUAAUGUGCAAAAGAUGAUGUACAAAUAGAGAUACUGGGGUGAAAAUGAGCAAAAUAAAUAACAAUAUGGGGAUGAGGUAGUUGGGUGGGCUAAUUUCAGAUGGGCUGUGUACAGGUGCAGUGAUCGGUAAGCUGCUCUGACAACUGAUGCUUAAAGUUAGUGAGGGAGAUAAGUGUCUCCAGCUUCAGAGAUUUUUGCAAUUCGUUCCAGUCAUUGGCAGCAGAGAACUGGAAGGAAUGGCGGCCAAAGGAGGUGUUGGCUUUGGGGAUGACCAGUGAGAUAUACUUGCUGGAGCGCAUACUACGGAUGGGUGUUGCUAUGGUGACCAUUGAGCUAAGAUAAGGCGGGGAUUUGCCUAGCAGUGAUUUAUAGAUGGCCUGGAGCCAGUGGGUUUGGCGACGAAUAUGUAGUAAGGACCAGCCAACAAGAGCGUACAGGUCACAGUGGUGGGUAGUAUAUGGGGCUUUGGUGACAAAACGGAUGAACUGUCAACUAUGGACUUUGUCAUUUGGUCCUGGUUUUGUGUACAACUGUGUUUUUAAUGUCUCACAUUUAUUUGUUCUGUUGUCUGUGCUAUGCAUCGAGAAGAUAAAUGUGAUCUUUUUAACAUCACUGUAAAAAAUUUAAAAAGUAGUGAGUGCAUACAUUUUCAUACUUUUUUUGUACUGGUCCCUGUGGGAAUCGAACCCACAACCCUGGCGUUGCAAGUGCCAUGCUCUACCAACUGAGCUACACGGGACCAGUCAAUCAAUCAACAACUCCAGCCAUCAGUACAGACAUAUCUUUGUUACUCUUUCAGGCUGAUGUCUGUUGAGGAGGAACUGAAGAAAGAUCAUUCAGAUAUGCAGUCGAUAGUGGACUCAAAACAGAAGAUCAUUGAAGCCCAGGUGAGUGCUUAGUGUCCACACGAGAUGUUUUGCCUGGCAAGAUAUGUUUUUUCCACAACUGUAAAUAGAAAGUAUUUACUCAAAUAUUGUAUUCACAGAUUUACUGUAACAUGUCAGACUACAGACUUGAAGAGAACAGCGCCCUCUGGCGUUAUAAAUGUUAACAACCUACUCAGAUUGAAAAUGAUAGGUGUCACUCACUGCAAACAAUCCAGCCACUGGAAUUACUGUAACAAGUACAGAAUGUACUGUAUGUGGACAUUCUACGUUUUUACUUCAGCAACAUUCCCUUUCUGUUUACAAUAGUGGCUGCUUGUUUUGUUUAAGUCAUGUUGGUUUGCUGAGAAGCUGUAGUACAGUCCAUCAGAGCCAUGUUAUGAAGGAUUCAUUGGAUUGUGUGGCGACAACCCUCCUCUUCUCUACCUCCCUCCUUCCUUCUCUACCUCCCUCCUUCCUUCUCUACCUCCCUCCUUCCUUCUCUACCUCCCUCCUUCCUUCUCUACCUCCCUCCUUCCUUCUCUACCUCCCUCCUUCCUUCUCUACCUCCCUCCUUCCUUCUCUACCUCCCUCCUUCCUUCUCUACCUCCCUCCUUCCUUCUCUUCCUCCAUCCUUCUAUAUUCCUCCUCACUUUGCAGGAGAAACACAUCGCGUCUCUGGACGCGGCCAACGCCCGCCUGAUGAGCGCUCUGACCCAGCUGAAGGAGCGCUACAGCAUGCAGACCCGUAACGGCAUCUCCCCUACCAACCCCACCAAGCUCCAGAUCACGGAGAACGGAGAGUUCAGGAACAGCAGCAACUGCUAG